AGAAGAGCAUUAAGAAAGCUGAAAAAAGUGAUCAAAAAGUCUCAUUCUUCCGUUGUUCCAUUUCAGCAUAUCACAUGCGCUCCCCUUCUGGGUCCCUUUAGCUAUAUUUCAAAAAUCUCCCUACGGAUAAAAAAAAAUCAUUUUUUUUCUCCAAAAAACCAGCAUACAUUAAAAAAAUAUUAUUUUUUUUUGAGAAAUUUGAAUGAAUAGAGGCUUCUUGAUUCUGGGUUUUGGAUAUAAUUGAGUACUACUUGUUCUCUGACAAUUCACAGCACAGAUCUUUGACGAGCUGAAUUUGUUUAUUGCUUCACCAAUCUGAAAUCUUGAAACCCCAAUUCAUCUAUUAUUGGUUUCCCUGCUUCUUUACAGUAAUAUGGACAUUGUGCUAUGAGCAUUUAGGAGAUUAAAUGGUUAUUGAGAUGGAAAAGAGGAAAUGGUUGUGGAAGAGGAAACCUUCCGAUAAGAGCCCUGGUGAAACGGAGAGUUCUGGUUCUUUGUCUUCAUAUUCAGAGAGAUACUCCGAUGAGCAGCAGGAUGCACUUAAAGAAUUUCCUGACCUUGACAAGCAAUCACCAGAAGUAACCUCAAAAUCUGCAACCAAUGAUGAUGAAUCCAAGGAAAGCUUGAGAUGUUUGACAGAGAAAUUAUCAGCUGCUCUUGUUAAUGUUAGUGCCAAAGAAGACUUAGUUAAGCAGCAUGCUAAAGUCGCUGAAGAAGCUAUUGCAGGUUGGGAAAAGGCAGAAAGUGAAGUUGCAGUUCUAAAGCAACAACUAGAUGCAGCUGUGCAGCAGAACUUGACGUUGGAAGUACGUGUCAGUCAUCUUGACGGUGCGCUCAAGGAAUGUGUCAGGCAGUUGAGACAAGCUAGAGAUGAGCAAGAGAAAAUAAUUCAAGAUGCUAUGGCAGAGAAAACUGAAUGGGCAUCUGAAAAAACUGCACUUGAGAAACAGCUACUUAAGCUCCAGACACAAGUGGAGGCUGGUAAAGCUGAAACGCCUACUUCUACUGAUCCUGAUAUCCUUGUCAGGCUUAAGUGUCUAGAGAAGGAGAACGCAGCUCUCAAAAUUGUGCUUCGCUCUUGUUCAGAAGUGUUGGAAAUUAGGACUAUUGAGAGGGAUUUGAGUACUCAAGCAGCAGAAACUGCUAGCAAGCAGCAGCUGGAAAGCAUAAAAAAGGUGACUAAACUUGAAGCUGAGUGUCGAAAGCUACAGGCCAUGACUCGCAAAUCAUCCCCAUUCAAUGAUCAACACUCCUCUGCUGUUUCAUCUUUCUAUGUGGACUCUGUCACCGAUAGCCAGUCUGACAGCGGAGAGCGGUUAAAUACAGUCGACAAUGAUGCCCUCAAGAUGAGUAAACUGGAAACAAGAGAAUAUGAACCAAGUUGCUCAAAUUCAUGGGCUUCAGCACUAAUUGCUGAGCUUGAUCAAUUUAAGAAUGAAAAGGCCAUGCCUAAAACUCUCGCUGCCUGUUCUAUAGAAAUUGAUAUGAUGGACGAUUUCUUGGAGAUGGAGCAACUUGCUGCAUUAUCUGAAACUGCAAACAAGACACCUUCAGUUACAUCUGAUGCUGUUCCUCAUGAUUCCCCCAAUGUUGAGAAUCCUUUGGCAGCAGAAUACGAUUCCAUUUCUCAAAGGGUGGCUGAAUUAGAACAGAAGCUGGAGAAGAUUGUAGCAGAGAAAUCUGAACUGGAGAAUGCUUUAAGCGACAGUCAAGAUGUCCUCAAGGCGUCCUCUUUGCAGCUCAAGGAAACUCAAACCAAGUUGGCAGAGCUGCAGAAGGAGCUAGAUGUGGUAAAUGAGUCAAAAGAGUUGCUCGAGUUUCAACUCUAUGGCAUGGAGGUAGAAGCACGGACGAUGUCUGUAAAUAUUGAUUCUUUGAAGACAGAAGUUGAAAGAGAAAAAUCCUUGUCAUCAGACAUGGAAGCUAAGUGUCGUGAGUUGGAAAAUGAGCUUAGGAAAAGAGCCCAGGAGGUUGAGCUUCAGCAAACUUCUGGUUCAAAUGGUGAAUUGAAAAUAAAACAGCAGGAGGAUUUAGCAGUGGCUGCUGACAAGCUUGCAGAAUGCCAGAAAACAAUUGCAUCCCUUGGGAAACAGCUACAAUCCCUAGCUACUCUAGAAGAUUUCCUGAUAGACACUGCAAAUCUUCCUGGUGGAGGAUCAGUUGUUGCUAAAGCAGGAGGAGAACUAUGGAAGUUGCAUGUAAACGAGACAUUUACCCCAAAACGUGAUUCUGACCCUACCAAGGUUGAGGAAGAGAAUGUGAGUCAUUCUACGAAUGGAAAUGAAGGGGAAUCUCCAGCAUCCUCAUCUUCAUCAUCUACUUCAUCUGCUACUCAGGCAAACACUACCAAAAGCAAAAAUGGUUUCGGGAAAUUGUUUUCUCGGAGUAGGAGUGGAGCGCCAACUCUAAAAGUUAACGAGGAUAAAUAAAUAGAGGAAGAAUGUUGCCAAGCUGGAACAUAAUUUGCUGGACAUCAAUUAGUAAAAGGUUAUCAGUUACAUGGCUGAUCAAAUUCUGUUUGAUAAGCAAACUGUUUGCUUCAAUAGUUUAUGAAUAUCUUCAGAAGCUUCAAAUAGCAAUAGAUACUUUGAAUUUACAUUGA